AUGUUCUACGGCAACAGGGUCCUGGCUCUUCCUCUUGGGACCACCAUAGCCCAGUCGGUGCUCUUGCUACCUGAUUCCUUUCGUCUCCAGCUCUCGCUUGGCCGUCCCCGUGAUGCCAGCACGCAGCCUGCCAAGAUCACAGGUGGCUCGGGCUCGGCUUCUCUUGCUCGCAUUCUCGUCACCGCCAAUGGCGCACCCGAUGUAACCAUCCUUGACGAAUCCUUCGUGCUAGCCAACGGUGAUGUUCUACGCGUCGACCUCAGUUUUGUCCUGUCUCGCGUUGAUCUGAUUACCAUCCAGUGCCAUUCUGAGCCGCAUCCUGUGCUGGGUGGCAGCCUGGUGCUACUGGAUGAUGUAGCCCUCGAAACAGUGUCCGACGGGCCCGAAGUGCUUACCACCACCGAUGAUCCCAUGACCACGAUGGACGCCAUCUGUGCCUGUGAGGAUGCGCCGCCUGUGACCGUUUGCGGUCGAGACGGCCACACUUACAACUCACUCUGCGCGCUCGAGUGCUCCGGAACGACUCUAUUUUAUUAUGGCCCAUGCGCGACAGCGUCUUCCAGCACUGCCCCUGUGGUCAACAUAUCUAUUUUCAACAAUGAAUUCGACGUUGGCGCACCAAGCCGCUUCACCACAGCCGUCAAUGGCUGGGAAACGGUUGCAGGCAUUGCCGGCGUGGCCCCCUUGAGCCCAAGUCGCUUCAAUUUGGGACAGGUCCAGAACACACAUGGGGCCUUUUUAUUUUCCAAUACGGCUGCUGCUCUCACGCAGACGGUGAAGCUCUUCCUCAGUCCACCUGAAGCCACAAUUCCAGAGGCUGGAACAUUAUUCCCGCUGAGCUUGGUCGUGCGUGUUGGUCGUGAGCUGGGCAGUCAAUGGCUACCGCAGCUCAACGUGACACUCACUCCUGCAAAUGGCGCAGCCAUCGGGGCCAUGCUUGAGCUUCAAGCCCUCAGGCCUGGCAAUUUUUCUGAAUACAGCAUUGCUCUUGAUGUUGCGUCAAUGCUCGCUCAGCCACCCACACUCGUCACCUUGACUCUUGCAGCAGUGCCUUCAGCUGAUACUUCGGCCAGCAUCGUUGUCGACUACAUUCGCUGGAAUCCUCCAACAAGCAGCAAUACCAGUACGAGUACGAGUACGAGUACGAGUACCAGUACGAGUACGAGUACCAGUACCAGUACCAGUGCUAGUAUCAGCACGAGCAGCAGCAGCAGUGCCAUUAUCAGUAGCACGGACCCAAGCACGAGCAUUAGUACGACUACUCGUGAAGAGGAAAGUACUGUUCCCACGUCUAGUUCUGGCGUGGCAACGACCAGCUUCACCAGCACCAGCACGAGUACGAGCACAAGCAGUAGCAGCGCUGAAGCAGAAGUGACCACUCUCAGAUCAAGUGAUGAUGACGACGAUGAUGCUGCCUCUGGCUCUACACUUGCCUUCACAACUACCAAUGCGCAGCCCGUCACAACGUCAUUUCAAGAUGAUGAUACUUCAGGCAGCGGCGACGCGCUCGUGACUACAGCUGUUCACGCUGCUUCAACCACAGCCACCCCCACAUUUACAUCCUCCUCCCGCAUGGCCACACUGACGCCUUUGAUAUCAAACUCAUCUUCGACAGCAUCAACUGCGAGCUUUGGACUCACCACCUCCAGCAGUGUUCAUUCAAGUACGGCCAUGGAAACCAGCACUAGCACGAGCACGAGCACGAGCACCAGCACCAGCACCAGCACGAGCACCAGCACCAGCACCAGCACCAGCACCAGCACCAGCACCAGCACCAGCACCAGCACCAGCACAAGCACCAGCACCAGCACCAGCACCAGCACCAGCACCAGCACCAGCACCAGGACCAGCACCAGCACCAGCACCAGCACCAGCACCAGCACCAGCACCAGCACCAGCACCAGCACCAGCACGAGGACCAGCACCAGCGCCAGCGCCAGCACGAGGACCAGCACCAGCACCAGCACGAGGACCAGCACCAGCACGAGCACGAGCACGAGCACCAGCACCAGCACGAGUAGCAGCUCGAGCACGAGCUUGAGCUCCAGCAUAUCGAGCAGUCUCUCAGACUCGAGCACUCGUGUAAAUGACAAAAGCACGACCGACGGGGUACUCUCGACUGUCAACGCGUCUGCCAGCACCUCAGUUCGCCCCGAUCUCAUGACAAGCACACCCGCGUCAACAAGCACAUCUGAAGACCUUGUGGAUGAGUCUGGCUGGUCUGUCUUGAGUACAACCACCCAGGAGGAGAGUUCUGGUGAUGUCGGGCUGAGCACGUCAGUUCCCUCGACGGGUGUUUCUACGGCCACAAAUACAUUCAAUACAACACAACCUGCGACGAAUACAACUGGCACGCCAGCAGUUUCCACGACAGAUCGAGAGGAUGACACUUCAAAUAGUGGUAGUGGUGAUGUUCAGUUGAGCACAGCUUCGUCUAGCCCACCUCAGACGACAACCUCGUGGGCCACCACCCCUUUCUCACCUUCCACGAUGACCCCAAGCAGCUUGCCCUCAACUCUGACCUCAACGUCGACAUCUACUUUCACCCAAGAGCCCAGCUCCAGUCUGCUCCAAGCUACAAAGUCUACGAGCACUCUGACUUCAACUGCAACAUCCAGCUGGACGUCAACUUCCACCUCCAGCUCACCUUUGUCCUCGACGUCUACCUUUAGUGUCACCUCGACGUCUACCUCGACGUCUACCUCGACGUCUACCUCGACGUCUACCUCGUCGUCUACCUCGAGUGUCACCUCGACAUCUACCUCGACGUCUACCUUUAGUGUCACCUCGACGUCUACCUCGACGUCUACCUCGACGUCUACCUCGACGUCUACCUCGACGUCUACCUCGACGUCUACCUCGACGUCUACCUUUAGUGUCACCUCGACGUCUACCUCGACAUUUACCUCGACGUCUACCUCGACGUCUACCUCGACGUCUACCUCGACGUCUACCUCGACGUCUAUCUCAAGUUCAUUUACACACAAAACUUCAACGUCCACUUCGACGACACAAUUUUCGUCGACUUCAACUUCUGCAACGGAUCCCACGUCAACUUUUACUAGCAUGUCAAGUUUAAGCAACAAAGAUCCGACCGUCACAAGUACAGGUGUUCAGACCUCAGGACCAAGUCAGUUCUCAACCCCCGGCCUGGGCACAACAAGCACAGGCCUUCAACCCGCAUCAACCACUCCGAGUGCCUACACAACUGAAGGCUUGGUUACAACACACGAAGAAGACAGUGGUUCCGGGUCAGACGAAUUGACGACCUCAGGUCGUUCCACCGCUCCGACCUCGACCUCGACCUCGACCUCGACUCCGACUCCGACCUCGACCUCGACUCCGACCUCAACCUCGACCUCGACCUCGACCUCGACCUCGACGUCCUCAACUUUAGGAAGCACGAUCGAUUCACGCACUAGCACAAGCACGGACAGCAGUACGAGCAGCAGCACCAGCUCAAGCUCAAGUUCGAGCACUAGUACGAGCUCAAGUACAAGAACGAGCACAAGUACGAGCACUAAUACAAGCCCAAGCUCAUCAACGGACUCUAGCUCAAGCUCAAGCUCAAGCUCAAGUACAAGAACGAGCACAAGUUCGAGUACUAAUACAAGCUCAAGCUCAAGUUUGAGUAUCAGUACGAGUAUCAGUACGAGUACCAGUACGAGCAUUAGUUCGAGCACAAGUUCAAGCACUAGUACAAGUUCAAGCACUAGUACAAGUUCAAGCACUAAUACAAGCUCAAGCACUAGUACAAGCUCAAGCUCAAGUUCGAGUACCAGUACGAGCACUAGUUCGAGCACAAGUUCAAGCACUAGUACAAGCUCAAGCUCAAGUUCGAGUACCAGUACGAGCACUAGUUCGAGCACACGUUCAAGCACUAGUACAAGCCCAAGCUCAAGUUCGAGUACCAGUACGAGCACUGGUUCGAGCACAAGUUCAAGCACUAGUACAAGUUCAAGCACUAGUACAAGUUCAAGCACUAGUACAAGCUCAAGCACUAAUACAAGCUCAAGCACUAGUACAAGCUCAAGCUCAAGUUCGAGUACCAGUACGAGCACUAGUUCGAGCACAAGUUCAAGCACUAGUACAAGCUCAAGCUCAAGUUCGAGUACCAGUACGAGCACUAGUUCGAGCACACGUUCAAGCACUAGUACAAGCCCAAGCUCAAGUUCGAGUACCAGUACGAGCACUGGUUCGAGCACAAGUUCAAGCACUAGUACAAGCUCAAGCUCAAGUUCGAGUACCAGUACAAGCUCCAGUUUGAGCACUACUAGUACGAGCACUCGUGCGAGCAGCAGCACAAGUACGACUUCUGCUGACAUGUCGUACGAGGAGCUUAGGAUCCGCAAUGGCGAUUUCGCUUGGGGGAACGACAGCAUCUCGUUCGACGUACCCGAGUGGCACUUGGAGGGUUCAGCUCAAGUUCGAGUACCAGCUCAAGAGACUGACGGCAAUUGGUCGACGCAGCUUUUUGGCCUGCGUUUCUUUCGUCGCACAGACGACGCUGUUGCAAGCUUUAAGUUCAGAGCUACCAUCGCAUGUGCAUCUGCCAGCGUGAAUGUCACGCUCACCGGAGUCGAUGUGGCGACCAGGGGAGGCACGGAAAAGGCAACAAUUUUCAGACCUUGGGCGUGUCGUGGUGAGCGAGUUGUUGUUACUCUCACUUUUGUGCGACCUACAUCGUCCGGUUUUAUGCCCAUUCUUGGGGAAAUUUUCUUGCGCCCAACUGCGCCGACGUCCUCUACCACGGCAUCGACUACGUCCCACGUCAGUGCAAGUACAUCUGGCACCACAGCGAGCGCUGUCGCACCAUCGACUAGCAGCUCGUCGUCUCCCGUCACAACGACGGAAGAAUCUUUCUCGACUACAGCGGAAGAAUCCCCCUUGACCACAACGGAGGACCUUUUGAUAACGACGGCGGAGAAUGUGGUGGGCUGGGUACCUCCUGGCAAUGAUGAAGGCACCGUCGUCGCUCUUUUUGAUCAGGCGUCGCUAUCACAGGACGAACAAUUUCAAUUUGCCAUCACGUUGACAGCCAUCGUUCGCGCUCACGUAGACGGGCAGCAGAGCCGACGCCGCGACGCACCAGAACUAGACUUUGUGCUGAUUAAUGUCUUAUCCAUCAAUAGUAGCCACUCGGCACUCAUGCUCCAGCUGCGGAAGCAGAAUUCGCCCUUUUUGAACUUUUUGGUGCCUGUGGAUGUGAUCCGGGAAGCGCUUGUGGGCCGUAAUCUCGACGUCCUCUUCAACGGCCUCCCACUUGCACAGCUUCUAUCGCGACUCGAGUACCUUGAGCGCGGGGGCAGCAACACGGUGUCAACCACGCCCGUACCAACGUCACGAACGGGCAUCGUGGGUGAUGUUCGCAGUCCCUCUGAGGACACAGAUGCCAUGCCUUUGUGGCUGGUGCUGCUGGUUGUGCUGCUGGUGUUGAUGGGUGCAAUUCUGCUGUUUUGGGCUGUGGUCCGUUGGCGCCAUUAUCACCACCAACGAUAUGCGGUUCAGGAAAUUCAGGGCAAGCAGGCUCGGCUGGCGUCGGAAGCAACGUUUUUUGACACCGUAUCGCCAAUGUCUAUUCGCACCCUGCCAAACAAUGGGCCCGGGUCACCACAGGGCACGGCUCGACCACCUCGCUUUGCUUCGCUUCCAGAGAGUCCGUCAUCGCGCUGGGCGCGCUCAACCUUGCAUCCAUAUUCCCCUGGCUAUAGCAACUACGAUGAAGUUUUCUUUGGGGCAUCUCGGGGCUAUGAGGACGUGGAGGCAGCAUGGCCAGCUCCCGCGAGUGUGGCUUCAUCAUGUACAACGCCUUCGAGGGUGCUGGUCAUGCCAGCACAGGACUCAGAACACCCGUCCUUUUCACGAGGGCACAGUGCACUGGGAUAUGCCGACGUACCCGCCCGUCGCGUCUCGCUUUCCGUGUCCGACGUUGACAGCGAGCUGCGCACUGCACUUGCACCCCACGACGCUGUAGUUCCGUUGCAACAACGCCGACGCACUCGCGUGGCACCGCUGCCAAUCUCCUCCACCAAUGGAGGGGAAAAAUCGGAAUCCUGGUCUACCGUCGGGCGUCUCGUGCCGCCCAGCGUCCCCCCACCAAUGGAUCCGCCCCCGCCGAUGGAUCCUUCUGCUCUGCAAGCACCACCCGUUCGUCGGGCAUUUGCAGCGCAGGAGCAAGCAGUACCGUUUGUGCCCACUACCCUUCCUCACACGUGGCGCGUGACGAGUGCGGACCCACCGCCAUUCGAGCAUCAGAGGCGCAUUAGCGAUCAGUCCUUGGAAGAGGCGGUCUCCCCAACCCUGCUACCCGGCACGCCUCGUCGUUCCCCAUCAAUGACAGCCGCAGAGCGACGACAGCAGCUGCUACGUGCCCAAAGCCAGCUGAUGGCACGUCGCGAGCAGCGACGCCUGGAGAGGGCCAACCUCCUGCUCAGUCCCCGCCCACCACCUUCGGCUGCAGCUCGAGCACCUUCAUCACGUGCUUCACCCCGCGCAGAUUGGUUGGAUUCCUUGUCUACCACUCCGAUUCAGCAUGAAUCUCACCCUAUGCUACGGCCAAUCGUGGCUGCGGAGGCGAGACAGCCUCCGAGUGAUGCCCAUGAAGCUGAUGUCUAG